AUGCCUCGCGAAGCUGAGAUCUCCAUCAAUGAGCGCGACUUCAUCAAGCAGGCCCUGUCAGAGCAGAUCCGGCUCGACGGACGCGCCUUUGAUGCAUUUCGCCCGCUGGAGCUAACUUUUGGAGAUGAAUAUGGCGUCGCCGACGUGCAGCUGGGCAAGACGAGGGUCGUUGCUCGAAUCUCAGUAGACGUGACGACGCCCUUACCUGAGCGCAAGUUCGAUGGCAUCUUUCAAAUCGUCACAGAGUUCUCGCCCAUGGCUUCUCCCGCCUUUGAGGUUGGAAGACCCACAGACUCAGAAGUCAUCCUCUCACGAAUCCUCGAGAAAGCUAUUCGCCGCUCAAACGCCCUCGAUACCGAAUCGCUAUGCAUCAUCGCUGGUCUGAAGUGCUUCGCCCUCCGCGCUGACGUACACAUCAUCGACCACGAUGGAGGACUCAUUGAUGCUUCCUGCAUCGCAGUCAUGGCUGCUCUACAACACUUCCGAAGACCAGACGUAUUGGUGGAGGGUGAAAAAGCAACUAUCCUCAGUGUUCGCGACCGUGAACCAAUACCUUUGUCCAUCCUCCACCAGCCGCUCUGCGUGACCUUCUCAUACUUUGAGGAAGGAGAGAUCUUUUUGGUCGACGCGAAUCUGGCUGAAGAGCAGGUCCGGCAGGGGGAAGUCAUCAUCACCAUGAACAGGCAUGGCGAAGUCUGCCAGAUUGCAAAGUACGGCGGAGCUACGGUGAACCCAUUGGCUUUGCUCAACUGUACCAACAUUGCGCUGCAGAAAGUCAAGGAGAUGAGCAAGUGGAUCGAACAGAAGCUUAACGAGGAUGCCAAGAAGAGAGACGCAGGAGGCUUGCUGGCCGAGCUCAGUGCUGAAAACGCCAGAUGA